AGCGGAGGGCCCCGCCCGGGCCGCGCCCCUCCCCGUGGGCGCCGCGGCGGCCGCGAUGGCCGCCGGCGCACAGGGGGAGCCCGGGAGGCGGCCUCCGGAGGGGCGCCCCGAGGCGCAGAGGUCGCCGGCCGCGGAGGUGCUGCUCGCGAAGUUCGAGGAGCUGUACGCCGCGCACCAGAGCCUGUCGAAGACCUCCGACCAGCUCGCGAGGGUGCAGGCCGAGAACGAGGAGCUGCGCGUGCGCAUCAGGCACCUCACCGCGCACGACGAGCUGCGCGGGCGCACCAGCCAGGCCUGCAUCGAGCUCUGGGCGGCGGCCGCUGCGGGGUGUGUGGAGCGGGACUCCAGUGACGGGCGACUGCGGAUCGCACCGAAGACGGACGCAGAGCUCACGCCGCACCCGUGCGUAGAGCUCACGCCGCGCCCGAAGCAGGAGGUGGCGCCGCCGGUGCCGUCGCUGGGCGGGGGCCAGGGCGAUGGUGUGUCCAUGGGCGCGUCGCUGAAGGACCUCCGGGACAGGCUCGCGUCGAGCGGCGUGGGUCUGACGGACGAGGAGGCCGACGACGCGUGCCUGGACCGGGGGGAGGGUUCUUCGUCGUCGUUCUCCUCCUCACGAGCUGACGUGCUGAAGGACCUGCACGCGCAGCUGCUGCGCCGGGAGUGCUCCUUGGCGGAGGAGGGCGGCGGGCUGACGCUCCGCAUGGAGCGAGUGGAGGUGCUCCUCCAGGCAGAGAUCGGCGGAGAGGUGCGCUGCCUAAUGGAGCUCAUCUCGUCGGCGCCCGACGGCUUCCAGGAGCUGGACUGCCUGCGCCCGCUGAGGUGCGCGCUGCUGGAGGGCGAGGACUGGCGGCAGGCCUGCCAGAGGCUCCUGCAGGAGCUGUUCGCGCUGGAGCCCGCGUGGCAGGGCAGACAGUUGCGACUCGAAGAGGAGAGCUGCGGUCCCCCAGUGUCGGCCAGGCGGGCGAGGGAGCUGCCGAGGCUGCAGAGGGCAGAGCUGCUGCACAAGGUGAGCCGGCCCCCAGUCUCGCCCAACAGGGUGCUGAACGGGGUGCUGAACGGGGCGCCCCGCGGCGCGCCCCACGGAUUCCAUCGGGGGCGCGUGGGCCCUGCCUGAACGACCCGGCUCCCCGGCGGCUCCCCGCC